AUGGUUCCGGUCGGCCUCGCUGCAGGACGUCUGGUGCUGCUUCUUUUUCUUCUUGUCCUACUGGGCCUGGUGAUGUUGUGUCUGUGCAGGAGCAAGUGGAGACGUGAUCGCAGACGAUACCAGCAGCCGGUCGCCGCUGCGCCUCGCAUCCCAGCGUGCACCGCUCCGGUCGUCCCGGUUUUGCAAGGCUCUCACGCCAAGUCAGUACCUUUAAGCCCCGGCGAGAUCCCGUUCACGUUGCCGCCUCGCUUCACGACGUCUCAGAGCGACGCGGAGGUGAUGAAGACGGAGGCUCGCAGGGACAUUCUGGCCCAUCGGGGAUCUCUCUUCGUUCAGAGGCCGUUCAUGUACGCCAGGGGUUUGCAGUUGCAGCAUUGGAUGGACAUGGUCAACACACCACACCAGGAGGUCAAAAUGUGGCAUGGACUCUGCACGGCCGCUUAG